GAAUGUUUUAUGUUUCUAGAAACAUGAGCACUGGCUGGUACGGGAAUUUGCAGGGCUAGAGUAUCUGCAUAAGGGGUGCAACCCGCCUCUGGUUCACAGGGAUGUGAAGACCACCAACAUCCUCUUAAAUGCAAAGAUGGAGGCUAGGAUUGCUGAUUUUGGCUUGUCCAAGGCCUUCGAAGGCGACAAUAACCAUGUGUCAACUACCACACUUGUUGGCACACCCGGGUAUGUCGAUCCUGAGUACCAGGCGACGAUGCAGGCAACGGCCAAGAGUGAUGUCUACAGCUUUGGUGUCGUUCUUUUGGAGGUAGUUACAGGGAAGCCAGCCAUACUACGGGAAGUUGUGUCCAUCAGCAUCAUCCAGUGGGCAUGGCAACGAAUGGCGCAAGGCAACAUUGAAAGUGUGGUUGAUGCAAGUAUGUGUGGAAUUUAUGAUGUCAACAGCGUUUGGAAGGUGGUGGAAAUUGCCCUAAAGUGCACUGAGUAUGCAUCGACACAUCGACCCACCAUGACCAAUGUGGUGGUGCAGCUGCAAGAGUGCAUCGAGCUUGAGGAGGGCAGCACCGUUGAGGACACAAAUGACGGCACGUACACUAGCGGUGGCAGUGACAACCCGAACUUGAGUUAUGAUCCUUACUUCGAUGAUCGGUCUAUUGAUAUGGACAAGAACAACAUUGCAUUUCAACCGGAACAUAAUGUUAAGAAGGUGCUUGCAAUGUCCACAGGUCCGGUUGCACGUUGA